GUUAAGCCCCGCCCUUCAACACACCCACGUGCUACCACGUGUACAAAAUGGAGGCUAGACUAGAGCAAUAUUCUUCUCUUUUCUCUUCAAUGAUAGACCUCAUACCUCCAAAUUAUUACUUAUGCAAAGAGGAGGAGUUCAUUCAGUCGAACAAAUACUUUCACAAGACGAAAAAGAGGAAAGAAAUCAGCAAAGAAUCUUUAAUAAAAGCAAAGAAGUCGAGAUUGGACCCAUCGGAGAGAAAGACGGUGGAAGAAAUCAAGAGAGAGAUGGAAGAAGAAAAGAUGGAGACAGAAAAAGACGAAGGAGAAUCAAACGAAGUCUCAGAGUCUUCGCUGAAACUCAACUUGGAGAGUAUUGAGAGCGUCCCAUUAUCGGAGCUGAGGGAGAGGCUGAGUCUUAAAAUUAAAGAUUGCCAGUUCAAGAGAAAAAUGAAAGAGCCGGCGACAAAAACGAAGAAGGGAAAGGGGAAGGAAAGCGAUAAAAAGGUUAAAAAGAAAAAGAAAGAUAAGGAGGGCAAGGUUGAGGAUCGUAAGAGUAUAUCACAGACUUUAAAACCGCCUAAAACUGAAACUGAGUCUGGUCAAGUAUUAUUUAAUAAAUUCGAAUUUCGUAAUCUAGAAAGCUCAAACGAGCCGAGACAGAAAAAGAAACGAAAGAAGGAAAGCACUGAGCAAUUGCUCGUUAAAGCGAAGGAGAGAGAAAGGAAACUCUGUGAUCUAACUGAGACAGACCCAGAGAAAGGGAAAGAGUUAAAGGAAAAGAUAAAAUGGCGACAAGCAAUGAUGAAAGCUCAGGGAGUCAAGGAGAAAACUGACUCACAGCUCUUGGAGAAGACACUGAAAAAGGAAAAGAAGUUAAAGGAAAAGAGUCAAAAGAAAUGGAAAGAGAGACUCGAGAGUCAGAAAGAGGUUAAGGAGAAGAAGCAAGCUAAAAGACAGAAGCACAUUAAAGAAAGGAUCGACGCCAAAAAAGCUAAAAAUAGCAAGAAAAAGAGGCCCAAAGGAAUGAAGAAAGUUGUCUUACGCUCGUGAGUAUAGCAACUUUUCGUAAAAAUAACAAUAGUAAUAUUAAUUUUUAUAAUAAUGAUAAUGAAAUUGAAACAUAAUCCACUAAAAUGUAAUAAC